GCUGUCGUAUCUUCAGCUGAACAGUUUGACCUGCUUACAACGCGUCUUCGAGGUCUUAGUCAAAGCUGGGCCCAUUUCACUGAACACGAAAUCGCUUUUGAGUUGCCGCCUCCAAAUCCGCUCGACCAAACCAGCCUUGUCGGUAGCAAUCCUAUUGGUCUUGCUUCCAGCAGUUCCGCAUCCCCGGCGGCCUCAUCUCCUGCGGUCGGGGGUACAACUGGGAACCCUCCUAGCAACACUUCCGCAUCCGGUGUCUCGUCGUCCGCUUCGACCGCCCCUGCCACUGCUGGGGGUUCAAAUCCGAUCUCUAGCUCCCAGGCCACAGGUACUAGCUCCAACCCCGCGACUACCUCCGGCUCCGGUACCUCUGGUCUCCCUUCCGGGUUCCCAGGCUCCAGUUCAUCAGGAGUCAUGAUACGAGUGAGGCGCUCGCUGAUGCCAAAUGCGGCUGCUCUAGGCAUUCGACCAGUCUUGCGUUAUUUGGGCGCAGUGGAUGAAAGCAAACAGGACGACCAUCACCUGCGUUUCGUGCUGCCGAAUGCUUUAGUUGUCUAA